AUGACUACGUUACCAACAGGAAAGAAGUUCCCUCUGUCAGCUAGCGCUGAUUCUUAUUAUAUGCCAGGAGUUGCCAAAGGAUUAUUGGCUUAUACUAGAUCAGAACUGGGAUAUAACAACGCUACACCCUCAGAUCCAUUUGGAAAGCCACCGCCAGGAUAUGUUCCAGGGAAGGGAAGAGGAGCAACGAGUUUCGCAGGAGGUGUAUCAAGAGAUGAUACACAUGAUGACAGUGAUUUGAAUGAUCUGGGAGGACCAUACCAAGUCCAUUGUGAGAAUGAACAGCUUUUCAAGGACGCAGAAUACGAUGAUGAUGAUAGGGAGGCAGAUUUAGUUUACGAAGCAAUUGACGCCAAAAUGGAUGAAAGACGUAAAUCAAGAAGAGAACAGAGUUUAAAAUCUGAAAUCACAAAACUUCGUAGUGAAAAGCCAACAAUUCAUGAACAAUUGGCUCAAUACAAGCGUAAUCUAUCAACUUUAACAAAAGAGGAUUGGGAAUCAAUUCCCUAUAUCGGAGACUAUUCACUUAAAAGAAAACAACAGAAGAAACAGCAAACUUAUGUGCCAGCUCCAGACAGCUUAAUUUACUCCUCGAGAGCAAGUAUGCAGCAUACUUCAUCUAUUGGAACUGAGACUCCAUUGGGCUUUUCAACGCCGUUGGGCAUAAUGGGAGCUAAAACUCCUCUUGGAAUACAAACUCCAGGCGGAUUUACAACUCCAUCAGGGAGAACUUCAUCACUGAAUCUUCUGGGAGAAGCCAGAGGAGAAGUCUUAUCCUCAACACUUGAUAAGGUUACAGAUAACUUAUCUGGCCAAACAGUGGUUGACCCAAAAGGGUAUUUAACUGACCUAAAUUCCAUGAAAACUGAGUUUGAAGAAGCGGAUGUCCAAAAGGCCAGAACACUGCUGAAAUCGCUCAUUAAUACUAAUCAGAAACAUGCCCAAGGCUGGAUCGCAGCAGCAAGGAUGGAGGAACUGGCAGGUAAAAUUGAAGCUGCAAGGGAAUUAAUCGCCCAGGGAUGUGAAAAUUGCCCUGAUAAAGAAGACGUUUGGUUAGAAGCGGCACGUUUAGAAAAACCUGAAUACGCCAAAUCAAUACUGGCAAAAGCUAUUAAAAUCAUUCCAACCUCAGUCAAAUUAUGGCUUGAAGCCGCAGAUAAAGAGACUUCAAAUGAUAAUAGGAAGAGAGUAUUGAGAAAGGCACUAGAGUUUAUUCCAAACUCAAUAAGGCUAUGGAAAGAAGCAAUUUCACUAGAGAAUGAAACAAAUGCAUAUAUUCUGUUGAAAAGAGCAGUAGAAUGUGUGCCUGAGUCACUUGAUAUGUGGCUUGCACUAGCUAGACUGUGCCCAUACGAGGAGGCACAAAAGGUGUUAAACGAAGCUAGAAAGAAACUCCCAACUAACGUAGAUAUCUGGAUAACAGCAGCUAAAUUGGAAGAAUCGAACAAGAAUUAUGAAAUGGUUGACAGAAUUAUAGUAAGAGCAAUUGAUAAUUUAUCAAAAAAAGGAGUUGUUCAUAUUAGAAGUAAUUGGUUAAAACAAGCUGAAACUGCAGAAGCAAAUUCAUUUAUUAAAACAGCGCAAUCGAUAAUAAAGAACACUAUGACGAUUGGAGUGGAUGAUAAUAACAGGAAGUCAACUUGGUUGGAGGAUGGUGAAACAUUUGUGGAACACGGGUCAUAUGAAUGUGCAAGAACACUUUAUAAGACUGCUCUUGAACACAUGAAAACAAGAACUUCACUUUGGUUGGCACUCGUGGAAUUGGAAUCGAAACAUGGAACACCUGAUCAAGUAGAAGAGCAUCUUAAAUCGGCUGUGACGUAUUGUCCAAACUCAGAAAUACUAUGGCUAAUGUAUGCAAAGCAUAAAUGGGUGGGAGGCGAUGUAGAAUCUUCUAGAGCUAUUUUAUCAAAGGCGUUAACGAUGAAUGAGAAUAAUGAAGCCAUUUCAUUAGCAGCCGUGAAAUUAGAUAGAGAAACGCAUGAAUACGACAGGGCUAGGAAAUUACUAGAAAAAGCUAGAACACGCUGUAAUACACCAAAGGUUUGGAUGAAGAGUGUACAGUUGGAAAGACAGCUUAAGAAUUAUGAAAAGGCACUUGAAUUGGUUGAAAAAGCGCUUGAAAUACAUCCAUACUUCGAUAAGUUAUGGAUGAUUUCAGGACAAUUAAAGCUAGAAAAACAACCGAAAGACAUUGAAGGAGCAACACUAACAUAUAAACAAGGAGUUGAAACAUGUCCCUGGAGUGUUAAUUUAUGGCUUUUGUCAAUUGAGCUGCAAAUUGAAUUAAAGGAGUUUACAAAGGCGAGAGCGUUGGUGGAAACUGCAAAGAACAAAAUCAGAACAAUUGUAGGCUCAAGUAUUAAGAAAAACACAGACAUCACAAAGGUUCAAACGAAAGUGCUCACAAAUGCAGAACUUGCAAGAAUGGCAAGACUUUCUAUGGAGUCAGACGACCCUGGGUCUGUAAAGGAAAUGAUUGAAAAAAUCACUUCACAAUGUGAUUUGAUAUGGUUAAAGGGAGUUGAAAUUGAACUCGAGACUGGAGUUCGUGAAAACGCCCACUUUGCUAUGUCGAAAGCACUUCAAGAACUUCCAGAUUCCGGUCUUCUCUGGGCACAUUCAAUAUUUCUCGAAGAACCCAAUGCACAGAAAACUAAAGCUGCAGAGGCGUUGAAGAGGAACCAGAAUUCUCCACAUAUAGUUUUGGCGGCUGCCAAGAUAUUCUGGAAUUGUAAGAUGAUAGACAAGGCCAGGAGGUGGUUCCAGACCUGCAUCACUUUGGAUGACUCAAAUGGUGUUUCUUGGGGAACAUUUAUAGCAUUUGAACUGGACUGUGGAACCGAGGAGUCAAUGAAGCAGGCGAUAAAUAAGUUUAUAGAGGCAGAGCCUAACAGAGGAUACGAGUGGUGUAGAGUUACCAAAAAGGUUGAAAAUUGGAACCUUUCACUACCACAAAAGCUAUACAAGUUUAUCGAGCAGCAUUACCCAGAAGUUCUCACAGAUAAAGUGCCUGAAGAUGUCUUAAAUGUACUUAAUCCACCACAAGUAAAGAAGGAAUCAGAUUAA